AUGCCCGCGUUCACCGCCGACGACAUCCCUGAUCUUUGCGAUCAGGUGAUUAUUGUGACUGGAGGAAACGUUGGUCUUGGGUUCGAGACGAUACGGCAGCUCAGCAAACACAACCCAGCUCGAAUCUACCUUGCAGCCAGAUCCCGAGACAAAGCCGAAAAGGCUAUCCAAGACCUCCAACAGCAGAACUCUGAGACAACAAACAUCACUUUUCUCGAACUUGACCUAGCAUCUUUUGAUAGUGUCAAGGCUGCCGCGGCCGAUUUCCUUCGAAAAGAGUCUAGGUUGGAUAUACUCGUCAACAACGCUGGUAUCAUGAUGAACCCCGAGGGCCUAUCAAAGGAAGGAUAUGAGAUCCAGUUUGGAACGAACGUGAUGGGUCCGGCGCUCUUUACCCAGCUUCUGCUACCGGUCAUACGGGCAACGGCCAAGACAAACCGCGAGACACGUGUCGUAGAUGUCGUUCGGGGCUCGGGCAUGAGCAGCUGA